AUGCAACAACACAACCCACAAGACACCCUUGUAGAUAGUCUUCAACCGGCCAAUCCCAGUUCUCUCGCGAUUGCUCCGCCUGCUUACUUUUCAAUGCCAAAUUUGACUGGGUUGCCUGCUCCGAUUGAUAAUGCCGAACCUCCUCAAGAUACCACCUCCAGCCCCACCCGAGUACUUGGCCUUGGUCCUCCGGUCAUCUUUGAAUGUGGGAUCAAGUUCACCCUGUAUUGUCGUGAGCGAACAAGACGCAACUCUACCAAGUGGGUUGCGGUCCGAUCAUCCCCAAACUUGUCGGUUACGUUCAACACCCGCGACAAUGUCAACUGGGUUGGUUUCCAACAUCUAGUUGCUGACGAAUCCAACCGACAGUACAACAACAUCGCUCGGAUGAUUCUUGAUGGAACCAACAGCUCGCCUCCGACCAUCACCUGGCGUGCCUAUGUCAUCAAGAAUCGCGAAUGGACUAAAUCUAAUCCCCAGCCACUCACCGAUCAGGCCUCGUUCUUGAGGUGGAUCUUCGCGAUCAAUGAGAGCAAGCAAGCAAAAGGAGGUGUCAUCUUGGAGAUGUCAAACCCUCGUAAUCAACAAACCCGGGCCCGCGCUGAGGACCUCUUGGCGAUGACGGUGAGAAGGAUGGAUGCACGACAGCGGGGCCCUUCCGCAGGUAACGUUGUAAAUGCAGGAUCGGAAUCGGAACAUGAUGUCGAUGGCCCUGAGUUCAGUGCAUUGGACCUGCUUUUCUUGGACCCAGCAAACCAUGACAGAUACAUCCUUUUGACCUCCGGCAAUGUCCAAUUGUGGGCUCGUGCUCUGUGUCAACGAGUCCCUGGGGUCAGCCUUGUGUCCCCCCCAAGCUCCCUCAAGUACCUCACGCGCAGGCGAUCUCAAGGCGUUCGACCAGGAGGAUCAGCUCUGGAUAACACACUGGCCGGGUUAGCCAGGUUCUUUGCUGCUUAUCAAAAUCCAGACAGACUUCCCGAGGUCACUCCUCCCCCUUCGGUUGCUGGUGAGGAAGCUGAAACUACCCUUGGUCAAUACUUAGAAUUCAUUGGUAUCGCCUCCCAUAAGCGAGAAGAAGUCUUGAACGUGCUCCUGGACAACGACAUCGAUAGCUACCACAUGUUUGUUCUGCUCAAUUCCAAUCAACUCCAACAGCUUGGAUUCAAUAUCGGAAUCAUUACCAAGCUCAGAAGUAAUGUUGCACGGUACAGUGCUCAUCUUGGUAGCCAAAAUUGA